AAAAAGGAGUUUGUCUAUCAACAUUUCAAGGAUUGAGAGAAAUUUAAGAAUUUUACAUAUGAAGGAAUUGGAAAAAAGACGAAAAAGUGCGAAUGUCCAUGACUGUUUUCAGAAUUAUUCUGAAUUGAAUAAUUAUUCCAAGGCUUUAAUUUGAAGUGUAAACACAAUUGAAUUGAAUACAAAAAUCUAUAAUUGAUAUUUUACACAUAAAUAUCGAAAAUGAAAAAACAACGAUUAUUAUUAUAAUGCAGAGAGAGAAAUUACUUUUAUGUCCUUUUUUGGACUAAUAAAUAUAUUUUUAUCAGAGAUUUUGAUUCUAUAAUUUUAGCAGCAAAGUAUGACAUGUAGGACUCUGCCAAUAUUGGUAGUAAUGAAGCUGCACAUAUAGUAAUGAAGCUACACAUAUGCUUGAUAUACAUUCUUUUAUUAUUAUUUAAUAUCCUUUUUGUAUCAAGCCAUAAUAAUUUGAACGAUAACUUUGAAAAAUAUGAUAAUGUUACCAUCAAAUCUUCACUGUAUGAUGUACCUCUAUCUUCAAGUACUUCCUGCUGUGAUAUGCAGGAGAUAAAAGUUAUAUUUGCUUCCAACAUAGUCGAGAAUGAAUACAUAGUUAAAUUUAAGAGUUAUUACAAAGCAGAUGUACGAGAGAAUUACUUAAGAGCUGCAUUAAAGCCAUUUGAUAUUAAAAAUUGGAAAAUUAUACCUCGUAACAAUGCAGCAUCCAAAUAUCCUAGCGAUUUUGAUAUUGUGCAUUUAAGAAAAAUGGAUCAAUACGAAGCAUUAAAAGCUCUAAAUAACCAUCCACUUAUAAAAACAGUGACACCUCAAAGACUUAUACAUAGGACUUUAAAGUUUAUUGACACAAAUGAUUCUCAUGUCUUAGCAUAUAACAACUCCAAGGAAAAAAUCAAUGAUUUUCCUUUCUCUCGUAAAAUUCAACUUAGACAAUCAACAAAUCGACAUACAUCUAGGAAAUUAUUAAGAGUUAUACCAAAACAAAUUACAAACAUACUUGAAGCUGAUACAUUAUGGAAGAUGGGCAUUACUGGAAAGAAUGUAAAAGUAGCAAUAUUUGACACUGGACUUGCUGCUAGUCAUUCACAUUUUAAGAACAUCAAAGAAAGAAUAAAUUGGACAAAUGAAAAUACUCAAGAGGAUGGUCUGGGUCAUGGUACAUUUGUAGCAGGUGUUAUAGCAUCAUCUUCUAAUGAUUGUUUGGGUUUUGCUCCAGAUGCAGAGCUUUAUAUUUUUCGCGUUUUUACGAAUAAUCAGGUAUCUUAUACUUCAUGGUUUUUGGAUGCAUUUAAUCAUGCUAUACUUCGUGAAGUGACAGUAUUAAAUCUAAGCAUUGGUGGUCCAGACUUCAUGGACCAACCAUUUGUUGAUAAAGUAUGGGAGGUUACAGCUAAUGGUAUCAUUAUGAUAUCAGCAAUUGGCAAUGAUGGACCUUUAUAUGGCACCUUAAAUAAUCCUGCCGAUCAAAUGGAUGUGAUUGGUGUAGGAGGCAUUAAUUGGGAAGAUCAACUAGCGAGAUUUUCUUCACGCGGUAUGACUACAUGGGAAUUACCAUAUGGCUACGGUAGAGUCAAACCUGAUCUUGUCACAUAUGGGUCAGGAGUAAGAGGGUCUGCUUUACAAAAUGGAUGUAGACCCCUUUCUGGUACUUCUGUUGCUAGUCCUGUUGUUGCUGGUGCAGUUGCAUUAUUAGCUAGUGCAUUUGUACAAACAAACGAAUCUAACGUUAUGAAAAAGAAGAUAACACCAGCAAGUAUGAAACAAGCAUUGCUAAGUUCAGCCCGUCGGUUACCUGGAAUUGGUAUGUUCGAACAGGGAGCGGGGAAGCUAGAUCUCCUACGAGCGUUUCGUUUUUUACAAUCAUAUACACCUGUUGUUACACUUAAUCCAAGUUACAUAGAUUUGACAGAAUGUCAAUAUAUGUGGCCAUACUGUACUCAAGCUAUAUACCACACUGGUAUGCCAACCAUAGUGAAUAUAACUAUAAUAAACGGUUUGGGUGUAGCUGGAAAUAUAGUAAAUCUGACAUGGCAUCCAUAUAUUGGUACUGGCAAUGGUGAACGUAUUGAUGUUGCGAUGACAUAUAGUGAUGUGUUGUGGCCAUGGUCAGGCUGGUUAGCAGUUGCUAUAACGGUUCCAUCAACAUCUCACGACUGGCAAGGCAUUGCACAAGGCCAUAUUUCACUCACAAUUGAGAGCGACGGAGCAGGUAAAUCACAACAAUCAAUGGUAAAACUUCCAUUACAAGCAAAAAUUAUACCUACUCCUCCUAAACAUAAACGUAUUUUAUGGGAUCAGUACCAUAAUUUACGUUACCCACCCGGAUAUUUCCCCAGAGAUGAUUUGCGAGUAAAGAAUGAUCCACUUGAUUGGAAUGGAGAUCAUAUACAUACUAAUUUUAAAGACAUGUAUCAACAUUUACGUAAUGCCGGAUAUUAUCUCGAAGUGUUGGGCCAUCCAUUUACUUGUUUUGAUGCAAAGAAUUAUGGUACUCUACUUAUUGUAGAUACAGAAGAAGAAUUUUUUCCUGAAGAAGUAGCUAAAUUAAAGCAAGAUGUAGAAGAUGAUGGUCUUUCAGUAAUUGUAUUUGCAGACUGGUAUAAUACAGCAGUCAUGCAAAAAAUCAGAUUCUAUGAUGAGAAUACUCGUCGGUGGUGGAUACCUGAGACAGGUGGUGCUAAUAUUCCAGCUAUAAAUGAUCUUCUUUUUCCUAAUUGGGGUAUAGCAUUUAGUGAUGAAGUACGAAGUGGUCAGUUCACUCUUGGUCAACAUCCGUCAGUUACAUUCGCGUCUGGCACUACAUUAAUUAGAUUCCCAAAAGAUGGAAUCAUUCUAUAUGCAGAGUUACAUGAUCAAAGUCAAGAAUUCUUGGAAAAAAAAUCAGGGACAUCCACACUUGUACCAAUUCUUGGACUUUUACAAGUUACUAGCGAAAAAGAUGUUCAACUAGUACAUGAUGAUGGAAGUAAUAAUGAGAUACCAGCAGAUGAGAAUGAUGAAAAGAAUUACAUCAAAAAACAGACGAGUACUAUGCCUGGUAGACUUGUUGUUUAUGGAGAUUCAAAUUGUAUUGAUGACAGUCAUUUACAACAGUCUUGUUUUUGGAUGCUGGAUGCUAUUUUAGAAUACACAACAACAGGUUACAUACCUACUAUUUUUAUGAAUGAAAAUAAAAAAAAACACAAGACUGUUAAAACAACUAAUGAUAUGAAGAUUGGAAAUUUACCACGUCGUAUGGAAGGAAAUCAUUUUAGUUGUCAUAGUAAAGUAUUGGUGGCCAAUAAGCCAAUAGGCACUUUCCAACCUCUUCCUUUAUGUCCGACACCUACUUAUGCUGUACCAGUGUUAGUCAAUGAAUCUGUGCCAAUAGAUCUUUAUAAACCCCAAAAGGUAAUAUCUAUAGAAGACUCGAUAAAUGCAGUAAAUUCAGGACUACAGGAUAGUGAGAUGAGGAUGUGGCUUAAAAGAAGAGUUGGUGGUGCUAGUAUUGCUAGUACUCCAGUGGAACAUUCCGACAUCGACAAUAUCGCUUAUGAUGUGAUAGGAAAUGAAGAUAAUCAAAUAGUUGGAUAUCAAUGGAAAUAUAUAGCAAUAGUGAUUAUUACAACAAUAUUUAUUGUGUACCUAUUAAAUCGAUGGAAAUAUUUGGGGACAAAGAGACAUUCUUGCAGAAAACGUACAAUUGUCAGAAUACGUAGAAUUAUUCAAACUAUUGCUAUGCGUAGAAUACCUGCACAAAUGUAAUUUCAUAAUUUUAUAAGAACUACAC